UUUACUAACAAUGUUUUUGUUUUAAUUCACGGAUUUUGAAGUUUAUUAUUAAAUUUAAUAAAAAAUAUCGAUAAAAUAAACAUGACCAAAUGUGUUGUAUGUUUAUCAUCCAAGCCUGUGGCAUCGCUAAUUAAUUUGCAUUCUUCCGAAGGAUAUGAAUGCAACAUCAAGCGCAUAAUUGAAAAGCAUUUGUGGUGGUGGUAUUUGAAGCAAUCACCAAAGGAUAAAUCUUGGAUUUGCUUAGAGUGCUGGCAGGAAUUGUUAUCGUUUCACAAUUUUUAUGUGAAAGUCGAAAAUGUUCAUACGCAAUACGAAUUAAUGAAAUUAUCAGAAUUUGAAAACUGCGCUCUAGAAGACAAAGUCCAUACAGUUAAUGAAGAGUUUUCGACAAUCAAAGAAGAAUAUGAAGUUUCAGCUGUUCCAAUAGAGAGCAUACAAAUGGUCGAUUUUACAGAUUAUAAUAUCGUACAUAAUGAAGAUGAAAAAAGCUUUAUGGGAAACAGUGAUCUUGAAAGUAGUCACAGUUUCCAAUUUGAUAAUAUUGAUACAAUAAGCAACAAUAAUCAACGUAGUGUAACAAAACAAAAAACUAGGAAGAGUAAAUAUGAAAUCCCGACCUAUUGCCCACAAAAACACCCUCAGCUGGACCAAAAAUCAACAAUAACAGUGGAAAAAAAAUUUAGCUGUGAGCAAUGUGGUAAAUCGUUUUUGCAUAAAAGGUACUACGACUGCCACUUGUUUACACAUGUACCUGACGAAGAAAAGAAAUUUCAAUGUGAUGUAUGCGACAAGAAAUUCGCCUCCUUUAAUCUCCUUAAGCAUCAUAAAGUAUAUAUACACCUUAGAAAGUAUGCUAUAAUUUGUGAUAUCUGUGGCAAAUCCUGUCGUAAUCGUUUAUAUUUUAAGAGUCAUAUGGAUGAACAUAAAGGCAAGCCUGCUACAAAAUGGCCUUGUGAUUUAUGUGGCGUAAAAUUGUCCAGUAAAUAUGAAUUGAACCGUCAUAUGAAAAUAAGGCAUACAGAAGAAAAUCUUAAGGCUUACAAGUGCUCAUAUUGUCCGAAAAUAUCAGCUAAUAUGAAUUCCCAUAAACAACAUGUUCAUUACGCCCAUAAGUCUGAACGUAAACAUGCCUGCCAACUGUGCGAUAAGAAAUUCAAACGCCCACGAGACUUAAGAGAGCAUUUGAGCACUCACACCGGAGAGCCCCUGUAUACAUGUGGUUAUUGUCCAAAAACAUUUAUUUCGAAUGCAAAUAUGCAUAAACACCGUAAAAGUUUACAUCCAAAGGAAUUCGAAGAAGCCAGAUUAAAGAGAUUAUCUGGUCAAAAAAAGGAAAGUUUAAGCAUAAAUAAUACUGCAGAUGGCAGCGAAAUUUUACAAAUCAAUAAAAUAGACAUGGAUAUAUGUAUUGUAUGUUUAUCAUCCAAUCCAGCGAUUUCGCGAAUUAAUUUGCAUUCUUCCGAAGGAUAUGAAUGCAACAUCCAGCGCAUAAUUGAAAAGCAUUUGUGGUGGUGGUAUUUUAAGCAAACAGCACAAGAUAACCAACUGCCUUGGAUAUGCUUAGAGUGCUGGCAGGAAUUGUUAUCGUUUCACAAUUUUUAUUUAAAAGUAGAAAAUGUUCAUAAGCAAUACGAAUUAAUGAAAUUAUCUGAAUAUAAAAACUGCACUCUGAAAGACGAGCUUCAUACUGUUAAUGAUGAAUUUUUUAUAGUCAAAGAAGAAUAUGAAGUUUCACCAGCUUUUCCAAAAGAAAGCAUACCAAUGGUGGAUUUUGAAAAUUGUAAUACCCUACAUAAUGAAGAUGAAAAAAGCUUUGUGGUAAAAUGUGAAUUUGAAAGUUGUCACAGUUUCCAAUUUGAUGCAAGUGAUACAUUAAGCAACAACAAUAAGAACCUUACUGCAACACAAGAAAAAACUAAGAAGUGUAAAUAUAAAGAGCCGACCAAAUGCCCUAAGCUAGACAAAAACUUAACUAAGGCAGUGGAAAAAAAGUUUAACUGUGAAGAAUGUGGCAAAUCAUUUUUAAGAAAAUCACACUACGAUCGCCACAUAUUGACACAUGUACCAGACGAAGAAAAGAAAUUUCAAUGUGAUGAAUGCGACAAGAAAUUCGCCUCCUUUAAUAUCCUUAAGUAUCACAAAGUAUGUACACACAUUCAAAAGUAUGUUAUAAUUUGUGAUAUCUGUGGCAAAUCUUGUCGUGAUCGUUUAUACUAUGUGCGUCAUAUGUCCACACAUAAAGAUACUCCUGUUGCAAAAUGGCCUUGUGAUGUAUGUGGCAUACAAGUGUCUAAUAAAUAUGAAUUGAACCGUCAUAAGAAAUUAAUACACAUAGAAGAAAGUCUUAAGGAACAAAAGUGUCCUUAUUGUCCGAAAAUAUCAGCAAAUAAAAAUUCCCACAAACAACAUAUUCAUUACGCUCAUAAGUCUGAACGUAAACAUGCCUGCCAACUGUGCGAUAAGAAAUUUAAACGUCCACAUGAAUUGAAGGAGCAUUUGAGCACUCACACAGGAGAGCCUCUUUAUACAUGUGCUCAUUGUCCAAAAACUUUUAUUUCGAAGGCAACUAUGCAUAAACAUCGUAAAAGUUUGCAUCCAAAGGAAUUCGAAGAAGCCAGAUUAAAGAGAUUCGCUGGGCAACAUAUAAAGUGUAUUCAAAAUAAGGAAAGUUUAAGUACAAAUAAUACUGCAAAUGGCAGUGAAAUUUUACCAAUCAAUAAAGAUAUAUAA